AUGCCCAUGGAUGCCAGCAGCAGCAGCAGCUGGGUGGUCGACAUGGAGGAGAUAGCCAUGGCCGGCGACGAGGCCUCGCGGCCGGCGGAGACGGAGGGCGCGCGGUGGGCGGCGCAGUCCAUCUACCGUGUCCCGGAGUGGAUCAGGGGCCUGAGCAGCAGCCACGCGGCGGCGUACCGGCCGCAGGUGGUGUCGCUGGGGCCGCUCCACCACGGCGACCCAAGGCUGGCCCCCAUGGAGGAGCACAAGCGCCGGGCGCUGCGCCACCUGCAGCUCCGCCGCCCGCUCGAGGGCUUCGUCGCCGCCGUCGAGGAGGUGGCGGAGCAGCUGCGGGCCGCGUACGGGCCGGACCUCGGCGACGAGUGGCGCCGUGGCGACGACGGCGACGAGAAGAAGAAGAAGGAGGAGAGGUUCGUGGAGGUGAUGGUCACCGACGGCUGCUUCUUGCUGGAGCUGAUGAUGAUGGGCAAUCACCGGGGAGAUUACUUGGCCAACGACCCGGUGUUCGGCGUUCAUGGGAGGGUGUACGUGUGGCCUUUUAUCCAGUCGGACAUGCUGGUGUUGGAGAACCAGCUGCCUCUGCUCCUCCUGCAGAGGCUCCUGGCUGUUCUUCUCGACAUACCGCCGACUGUUGAGCUAGAUCGAAUCAUCAACCAUUUGGUCCUUCGAUUUCUUGGGCGGAACCUUCAAGACGAUGUGGUUGACUAUGUGCCACUUGGGCACCACCCACUUGACAUCUACCACACUAGCCUUGUCUAUGCGAAAGGCGCUUAUGAAGUCCGCAAGUCACAACCUGAGCACUCCAUGUGUGAAAUCAUGCCCACAGUGAUGGAGAUGCAUGAGGCGGGUAUCAAAUUCAAGCGUAGCAAGACAGAUAACCUAUUCGACAUCCACUUCAAGCGUGGUGUGUUGAGUAUGCCUGAGGUGAUUGUGGAUGACUCCACCGAGUGUGUCUAUCUCAACUUAAUGUUGUUUGAACGACUACACGUUGGCACUGGCACCCUUGUCACAUCCUACGUGAUCUUCAUGGACAACAUGAUCGACUCAGCCAAGGAUGUUUCACUGUUGGGCUCCAAAGGGGUGCUCCGGAACCUAUUGGGGAGUGAUGAGGCUGCAGCAAAGCUGUUCACUGGCACUUUGUCUAGAGGAGCGGUGCUGGGUCCAAGCCGUGAGCUCCACAAUCUUCAGCGGAAUGUCAAGGCCCACUGCAGGAGGCAACUGAAUAGGUGGCGAGCCAAUUUCGUGCACACACACUGCAGUAACCCGUGGGUGAUAGCCUCUCUCAUCGCCGCCUUCCUCCUGCUCGCCGCUGGUCUCAUGCAGACUGUGUAUACUAUUUUGCCAUUUUACGGUAAGGGCAUGCACUAA